AUGGCUGAACAAUGUGCGAUCAAGAUGGCACCCAUCGUUGGCGCUCAACCAGCUGAAGUGGCCAUCAUGAACACGCUAACCGCCAAUCUUCACCUUCUCAUGGCGAGCUUCUACACGCCGGAUGCUAAGCGACACAAGAUCAUUCUGGAGUGGAAGCCAUUCCCUAGUGAUUACUACGCGAUCGAGUCACAAAUCCGCAUGCAUGGUCUCGAUCCAGCCAAGUCAAUGGUUGAGAUCUACCCAGAUGAGUACCAGCAGGGAGGACACUAUAUAUCGACCUCUCACAUCCUGGCAACCAUCGACGAGCAUGCAGAUGAUACUGCCCUGAUACUCCUACCAGGCUUGCAGUACUACAGCGGGCAGGUGUUUGAUAUGCCUACCAUUACCAACUAUGCCCAGGACCGCGGCAUCGUCGUUGGCUGGGAUCUUGCGCACGCUGCUGGAAAUGUGCCAGUACAACUCCACGACUGGAAUGUGGACUUCGCCAUGUGGUGUACGUACAAGUACCUGAAUGCCGGACCAGGCGCUAUUGCCGGUGCGUUUGUCCACGAGAAACAUGGUGGCAUCAAGACGAACGAGGCCGGCAAGCUGGAGUUUCGAAAUCGACUAUCGGGAUGGUACGGUGCGGACAAGAGCGUGAGGUUCGAGAUGUCCAAGACGUUUCAGCCAAUUGUCGGUGCUGGAGGGUUCCAACUGAGCAACCCCAGUGCUAUAGACCUAGCAAGUCUCCAUGGUGCACUAGAAACAUUCAGCAAAGUGACGAUCCAAGAGUUGAGGGAGAAGAGUCUGGUGCUCACUGCAUACGCCGAGUGGUUGCUUGACGAGAUUGUGAAAGAAGAUAGUAACGGCAAGAAGGAGUCAGAUCCAGCAUUCACCAUAAUUACGCCACGAAAUCCGAAAGAGCGCGGCGCGCAGUUGAGUAUUUUGCUGAGAAAGGGUCUGCUGGAGAAAGUUAGCAAGGCCUUUGAGGAGGCAGGAAUAGUCUGUGAUCAAAGAAAGCCUGAUGUGAUUCGUGUUGCACCAGUCCCUAUCUACAACAGCUUUGAAGAUGUUUGGAAGUGCUUAAACACUCUACGAAAGGUUAUCCUGGACAAGAUGAAGUAUAGAUAA